GAAAACUGGUGAUUGAGGGUGAAGGACAAGGCUGCAAGCCAGUUCUGGGGGGCUUGUCUGCAGCUUGAGCUCUGGCCAUGAACAUCACUGAUUCCACUGUGUACUCAAACAUACUUUAACCCACGCCUGUGAGUCACACUUGGGCCAUUUACAGGCUGAAAAGUCUUGGUCACUUCGUCACCCCCACCUCUCUCAUUUCCUGAAUCUUGUGAAACUCUCUGAGUUCCACAGAGCAACUUUAUCUCACUCCCACAAGACAGAGGAGGAAGAGGUGUUUCCACAGGCCCCACUAGGCCAACUGCCUCCACUCCUCAUCUCAGAGACAUCCCUGGACUUGGGGCUGGAUUUCAGGGAUACGAGGGGGCUCCCCAUGGAUCUGCCUUACUACCACGGCCCUCUGUCCAAGCGAGAGUGCGAGAACCUGCUGCUCGAGGAAGGGGUGGACGGCAACUUUCUGUUAAGAGACAGCGAGUCUAUGCCAGGAGUCCUAUGCCUCUGUGUCUCGUUUAAAAAUGUUGUCUACACAUACCGAAUCUUCAAAGAGAAACACGGGUACUACCAAAUACAGACCGUGGAAGGCACUAAGAGACAGGUCUUUCCGAACCUAAAGGAAUUGAUCUCCAAGUAUGAAAAACCCAAUCAAGGGCUGGUGGUUCAUCUUUUAAAGCCAAUCAAGAGAACCAGCCCCUGCCUGAGAUGGAGACGAUCAAAGAUACAGUUGGACAGUAUUUAUGAGAACAGUAACAGUGACUAUGUGGACCUCUUGCCUUGAAGAUAAAGAGACUGGACAAAGCACUUAGAGAAAAGAUGGGGUGACAGCUCUCACCAGCGACCUUGCUUCUCCUGCAGGUAUAGGCCAAACCGGAAGGACAAACUCUAGGGGACAAUUUGGAUUCUCCUGGUCUGGGUGACUGAAGACGUUCUGUUCACCAGCCUCAGAGAAAUCACUCCCCAUGUCCCCGUCUCCCAUGCACACAGCACAAGCAGCUUCUAAGCCCUUCUUCCCCUCUCACUCUUCUUGCUUGGAGUAGGACAGCCUGACUUGUUAAAGAUGCCCCCGCUAUAUCGUGGUUAAUGUCCUCCUUCUAACCAGGCGACCAGAGAGGCAGCUCCACACAGAAGAGAACGCGCCAAUUGCUAGUUAAGAGCCUGCGUUCCAGUCCUGUGGCUAUGUGACUUCAGACAGACAGCUUCCUUUUUCUAGGUCUCUGUUUCUUCAUCUAUAAGACGAGAGGCUGGGCAGGAGGAUACACAUUGCCCUGGCCUCUCUGCUGAGCCUGGCUGUGUCCGGUAGACAUCCUGCAGCAGUGGACAUGAAUGCAGCACCAGCACAGGACUCGGCUCCCAGACUCCCCAAAACAGCCAGCACCUUCUCUGCACCUGCCUGUGCUGCUCUCGGUCACGGUGAGAGCCCUGACCCACUCCGGCACCCUUCGCCCUCCAGCCUGGGCUACUUGCCUUCUUUCUAACCUUGAUCUUUCUGCCAAACACUGCCCUAGAGACACUGCCUCUCUGAUUCUGCCUAAUUUCAUGUAUGCACUAGCCACUUCCAGCAGCAUGGAUGUGGUUCUGCAGCAUGACAUACAUGGGGAUUUUGAAGCAACCCACGUGUAGUUUCUGGUCCCGACUAGGUUUUUAGCACCACCAAAGCACAGCUGGGUCUUCCCUUGAAUCCUCCACAGCGUAUAGAAAUGUGUGCUGCCGAGAGCUGUGCCCAGUUCAGAGACGUGACUGAAAGUUUAUUCCUGAAGAGUUUGUUGCAUUGGCUUUAAGGCCGUUUAAAUUUUCCUGCUACUUCACGUUUUAAAGUAAGACCUGAUUAGUGUGGAAUGUACCAAAUUCUACGCCCUUUCUCUCACCCGUCUUCAAACCGUAGCGAACCAUUCAGCACCCCCUGGCCUUACCUUUUCAAGUUAUUAAAGAGAGGAACUUAGAUCUCCAGGAAACAUGAGCUGACAUUGUGGCUGGAACCUCAGUGUAUGAGCCAUCCUGAAUUCUUGGGUCACGCAAUCCACAGCAGACAAAAAGUGAAAUGCAGCCUUGUUCCGGCUGCUGAGGGAGUUCUGGCUGGUUCAGGAAAGGACAUGAGAAGCGAGCCUGCUCCCCAGGGUUCAGUCCUGGGUCUUUGAUUCUUUCUCCAGGGUACAGAGAAGCAUGUCCCAGUUGUCAGGGCCCACAGCAAUCCUUGGCACAGAAAAGAUACUCAGUGACAAUUUCUUAAAUAAUGACUAAAUAAACCAACAUAUAAAAUGUAGUCACUCAUUCUGGAUAGCAGAGAUUUGUUUGAACUUCAUACAUUCCAAAAUCUAGUGGAACAAGGCUAUCAUAGAAGAGCUUUCCAUUAUAAGUAUCAUAGAAGCAAUUCCCUUUUUUCCUGAGCACUGGGCAUAGCACAUUAUAUGAUGCAUGGUCCCCAGUGGGAUUCCAGCACAUUUCUCAAACGAGCAAGCCACAUUUAAUAGCUGAUGUGGCUGUCAUGCUAUAGUUCCCUGAAAUGUUUUAGAAGACCCUGAACAGGUCACGUGAAGACCAGCUGAAGGAUCUGGGUUUGCGGGACUGGAAGAGGGAAGACUGAGGCCACAGCAGCUUUUUCAGUGCUGCUCUGUGACAGAAGAUGCAAAAUUCGCUGGGUACAGUGCCAGCCAGCAGAACUCAGACCAAUGGCUGGGUGUUCAUAGGAGGGCAGUUUUAGCCAAAUAUAAGAAAGAACUCUAGCCCACUGGAGCUAUCCUAUAUUCGAACAGUCUUCCCUCUGUGGUCAUCUAAGUGGACUUAGGUAGGGGGAGUUGAGUUAAUCACAUGUCUUAGUUCCUAACUCAUUAUCACGAUCCAGCCAUACAAGACCCUUCUUUUAUUUCAUUUUUCUUUUAUUUUCAUUUUCCCCACUUCAAGAUCAUGAAAAAAAAUUACCCUACAUUUCCUUCUACUGGCUUUAUAUGUCUAUCCUCUAUAGUUAGCGUUUUAAUGACGGCAAGGACUUUUGUGUUUUUCACUGACAUAGAUGCAAUGUCAAGAAAAGUCUUUCACACACUGUAGAUGCUCAAUAAAUAUUCAUUGAAUAAAUGAUGAAUCUGAGGCUAAUCUGGGACCCAUGGUGAGAGGUAAGAACCCAACUUUGUAUUUUUCCAUACACAUUGAAGUAGUUUUCCCAUUUCAACCUGUUUAAUAAUUCAUUUUUCCCCUUCUGAUUUAUGGUUUCUCCUUUACAUCACAACUGUCCUAACACUCUGGCUUUGUAAUAUAUUAUUGCCUGGUAGGAUAAGCACUCUCUCAUAUUU